CACUGCCCAGUGCCCACGGCAGCAGGAACCGCAACAGGGCAAACGAAGUUUGACAGACAGGCUCUCAACAUGCAAGGAGAUGGAGAACUAUACAGGCGGCCUGGGGGAGGAGGUAACCAAUGGGGAUGUCCAUAUCGACCAUCCUUCAUCCUCCUCCUCAAGGGAGUCAAGUCUCUCCUGCUCCUGGACGCAAGGUGACGAGUGCCAUUCCUGGCCAUCCAGCAUCCACCAUAUCUUCGUUCUUUGUUCGCUGUUGGGUGCAACGAAAAAAUCUCUUCGUUCAUUCUUUUCCCGGCACUCACUUCACACACUCUCUUCUUUAUCUACCUGGUCAUUCUUUGUCCGCUCACUAGCAGUGACUACUCUCUUUCUUUCACUUACGCUCACUAUCUCCCAGAUCCCUUCCUUGUUGUCAGGACUUGACGUCCCUCUUCCGCAUCCUUUCCACCAUCACACACCCGGUCAUCGCGACAAUAGCUCUAGCUUGACGCUGCUCGACAUUCCUUCUGUUACUAGUCCAUCAAGAGACUCAACAACUGUAGAGCCAGAUCUCCAGUCCUUUCGACCUCAGUCAAACGACCAAUCCUUUUCCAGCUCACUGACCAAUCCCUUUACAAUGGCCGGACUCAAGAACAUCAUCCUCGCAGCAUCGCUGCUCGCUCCUUUGACCAUGGCCGCUCCUCGCCUCGACGUUCGCGCCAUGUACACUCACACUGACACCGAGAUUGUCUGGGUGACCGUCGAAGAGACCACCACCGUUUGGCUCGACGCCGCUUCUGCCACCCCUGCUCCUGUGGCUGCUACCACCAGCUCCUCUUCCUCUUCCACCAUAUCGACGAUCCCCGUUGCCGUUGCCAGCACGACCACCAGCGCGGCAGCAGUCUUUGCGCAAACUUCUUACUCUCCUUCAACCAUGGCGACUGUUGCUGCUGUGUCUUCGCCAGCUUACUCUCCCGAUGCCACCGCCUGGUCUUCCUCUGCUGCACCGGUUGCCUCUUCGUCCUCUUCUGCUGCUGCUUCCCCUGCAGCGUCUGCCUCCUCCGUCAAUGUCCAAGCCAAGGACAUCGCCGCUUCCGACAGCGCAAGCUGCGAGGGACAAGGUGCCGCCUGUGAAGGUGACGUUACCCAUUGGGAUGGUGGCCUCGGCGCGUGCGGCUGGACCGUCAACACGGGCAGCGACAUGGCGAUUGCCUUGCCUUUCGCAUUCAUGGGUACCCAGUCGAAUGGAAACCCGUACUGUGGACGCUCCGUGACAUUGUACAAUCCAACAUCGGGCACCACCGUCCAGGCGACCGUCGGGGAUAAGUGCAUGGGCUGCGUGGGCCGAGCGAUCGAUUGUACGGACGCGCUGUUCAAUGCCAUCACCGAUGGAACAGGAGAUGGACGCGUCAGUGGGAUUGAGUGGUGGUUGAACUAGAAACUUCUGCUCUUGCUUCUUUGCAUUCAUUGAUGUGAGAGGGAGUGGGAAGGACUUCGAUUUGGUGCGAUGCGACUUUGGAUAAGUCGGCAUAUGCGUUUACAGCCCCCGAACUGUGGGAAACAAAACAUGAAAUAACAAGUAUGCUUCUGGGAGGCAUUUUUAUGGUCUCGAUUCUGCGGCCAGGACAAGUCAAGCCAUGAAAGACUCGCCUUUUCGUCCUCCAGCCGGGCGCUGGACUGCCAAAUGAGAACGGAACGGCCGAGGUCCUUUCGACCUUUUUAUGAGAAUCAUGACUGAACAAGAACAAGAACUGCAUUGCAUAUGCAUGGAAUUUUGGGAACUUUGGCAAACGGAAAAAACAGAAAACCCCCGGGAGAAAAUUUGGAGUUGAUUUUCGACCUUUCUUGUGCCAUGUUGGCGAUCAACUAGCGACACUUUACCUUCUUUAUUUCGGUGCAUAUCGAUAUUCUGGACAAUAGAUAGAGCCUGGCCUGCGGCUGGAGCGAUCUGGCGAGGCGGGAACAUCAAUAUAACGUACGGUACAAAUCAUCAA